GGAGGCAAAUUGGGUGGAUAGGACGCGACGACCCGAGCAGGAAUCUUUCCGUAAGGGAAAAAAAGAAGAAAAAACGCGACGACUGUGUCCUCUUUCCCCUCCUCCUCCCUUCCUUGCCCGAAAAGAACCAAGAAUCUUCCCCCGCCUCUCCCCAUCACCGCACUGUUCUCAAGAUCUGACCGAGUCUCUCUCCCGGCGGCGGCGGCGGCGGCGGCGAGGCGAUCGACGCGGUGGCCCGGAAAUGUGUUCGGCUUCGGACUCCAGCCCGCCCCCGCCCUUCGUGCCCAGGACCAUCCGCCACUUCCUCACGGAGAUCGCCGACGUGGGCGACGGAUCCUCCAGGCUCGACGACUUCGUCGAGAGGUUGGAGGGCGAGCUCGACAAGAUCGAUGCGUUCAAGCGCGAGCUCCCUCUCUGCAUGCUCCUGUUAAGCGAGGCGAUCGAGGCUCUCAAGAACGGGUCAAUGCGACCGAGUGCACCGAGCGCUCGGCCGGUUCUGGAGCAGUUCAUCCCGUUGGAGAAUGAUGCUGGCGGGAGCGAAGGGGUUGGAGAGAAGCCGAAAGACGAGAGGAGAUGCACGACGAGCUCUCCCAAGCUGGUGGACACUGCGGAGAACUCCUCCUCCUCCUCCUCCUUCGAUUUAAACGAAAACCCUAAAGCAGAACUCCAGACUGAGAUUGUUGAAGAGCAGAAGCUGGCCGCGUGCGAAGAUCAAUCGCAAUUCCGGACCUGUGAGAGCAGGAAUGCAGACGCAAGACAAUCGCACCCCUUGUUCCCUUCAGCUAUGGCUUCAGGUGAACUGGCGGAGAUUCCGUUGCAUGGGUUUUUAUCCCUCGGGGUUGGGAUCAAGAACCCCAGCGAAGAAUCAUCUUCUUCUACCGGUACAGUGAGUGGUCGCAGUAGGACGAUUUCCUCGGUCGACUGCAAUGCUCCAUCAAGUUCGAGGGGCGGAAACCAACAGACUGCCAAGAAGCGGAGGCGGUCCUGGUCUCCCGAGCUGCAUCAGCGCUUCCUCGAUGCGUUGCAGCAACUGGGUGGCCCGCAAGUUGCAACUCCAAAGCAGAUUAGAGAACUGAUGCAGGUCGAUGGCCUUACUAAUGAUGAAGUCAAAAGUCAUCUGCAAAAGUAUAGGCUUCAUAAUCAAAGACAUCCCAUCAAAGCUUUCCGAUCACAAAAAUCAGGCAUUCAGACGGUUCUUCAGAUGGCAAUGGAUAUUUCUGGUGACUCCUUGAAGAUGACCGGUCCCCAAUCUCCUUCUCCUCAGAGUUCAUUUCACAUUGGGAAAUCCCGGGUUGACCUCCCACACUGCCAGUGACAGCAUGGAAGAAGAUAGAGAACUGCGAGAUCCAUAGCUUGAAGAGCAAAAUUGAUACGCUUAAGAAAUGAGUUUUCCUACUCUUACAGCACAAGUUUUUCAGAUAAAAAAAGGUAUAUACAUAAAGGAGCAAAUGACAAUUACAUAUCACACAUGCCAGACAUACAUACUUCUGUACAAGGUUGGAUCAGAGGCUAUCAAUUUUUGCAGGAUCAGUUCUCUUCACUCAGAAAUUUUUAAUUCUUAUUGUGCCUUUCUUCUGCUUAUUUUGGCAAUCUUAUUCUGACCUUAUACCUGUAUACAUUUCUUGCUAUGUAAGUAUAUAGAAGCAUCGAGGCCUUGAUUGAGUUUCUCGAUAUGAUUGACAUUUCUCCAGAAUAGUUUAUGGGUGAA